UAUAACCUUCACACAAUAAAAGCAAGCAAAGUUUGGUUGUUUCAUUUCAUUUCACGUGAACACAGCGAAUCGCUUCGCAUUUUCUCUUCGUUCGAUGGUGAUGGUGGUGGUGGAUGACAACGACACUUCCGGCACCAGCAACCACCGUGCCACGCCGUCUCCGUCGCAGACCCGCCAACACCGCCACAAGGUCGAAGUCUACAAUGAGAUUCUUCGCCGCUUGAACGAUUCCGGCAACCCUGAGGCUUUGCAACCUGGCUUCCACGAUCAGCUCUGGGCUCACUUCAACCGUCUUCCCGCACGGUAUGCGUUGGAUGUGAAUGUGGAGAGGGCGGCGGAUGUUCUUAUGCACAAGAGAUUACUGCAUUUGGCGCACGAUCCUGCUAAUAGGCCUUCGAUUGAAGUUCGCUUGGUGCAGGUUCAUCCCACAUCUGAUGGAAACUCAGCUGACUCUUUCCACUCUGAUUCUCCUGGGACAGAAUCUGGUCAAAGCUCUUCAAAGUACUCAAGCAGACAGAGCAUACAUCCACCUCCUGCGUUUGGUUCUUCCCCUAAUCUUGAAGCACUGGCUCUUGAAGAAAAUAACUCUGAAGACAUAGAUGAAAGAUCUGUACAUGCCAGUGUACAAUAUUCACGGCCCAUGCAUGAAAUCACUUUCUCAACGGAAGACAAGCCAAAGCUUCUCAGUCAGUUAACUGCUUUGCUUGCUGAGAUUGGACUGAACAUCCAAGAGGCACAUGCCUUUUCCACUUCCGAUGGUUACUCAUUAGAUGUCUUUGUUGUUGAUGGAUGGCCCUAUGAGGAAACAGAGAAGUUAAAAGUAGCUUUGGAAAAAGAAAUCUUGAAGAUUGAGAGGCAGGCGAGGUCCAAUCAACAAUCAGUAUCGUCUGCUGAUGAGCCUGAUCAAGCAAGGAUGAAACAUGAACAGGAUCAUCUUACAAUUCCAAAUGAUGGGACAGAUGUUUGGGAAAUAGAUGCAAAACACUUGACAUAUGGAAAUCAAAUUGCAUCUGGGUCAUAUGGUGAACUAUUUAAAGGUACAUAUUGUAGUCAGGAAGUAGCCAUCAAAGUUCUCAAGGGUGAGCAUGUAAAUGCAGAAAUGCAGAGAGAGUUCGUGCAGGAAGUCUAUAUCAUGAGAAAGGUUCGACACAAGAAUGUUGUACAAUUCAUAGGAGCAUGUACCAAGCCUCCUCGCUUAUGCAUAAUAACAGAAUUUAUGUCUGGUGGAAGUGUGUAUGACUACUUGCAUAAGCAGAAGGGUUUUUUUAAAUUUCCUUCCCUGCUCAAAGUUGCAAUUGAUGUUUCUAAAGGGAUGAACUACUUGCAUCAACAUAACAUAAUCCAUAGAGACUUGAAGGGAGCCAAUCUUUUGAUGGAUGAAAAUGGUGUUGUAAAGGUGGCUGAUUUUGGGGUUGCUAGAGUGAAAGCUCAAUCUGGAGUUAUGACUGCAGAAACUGGGACAUAUCGGUGGAUGGCUCCUGAGGUCAUAGAACACAAGCCCUACGAUCACAAGGCUGAUGUAUUUAGUUUUGGAGUUGUUUUAUGGGAGUUGCUCACUGGAAAGCUUCCGUACGAAUAUUUGACUCCUCUGCAGGCAGCUAUAGGAGUGGUUCAAAAGGGCCUGCGGCCCACCAUUCCCAAGAACACUCAUCCAAAGUUUGUUGAGCUUCUUGAGAGGUCUUGGCAGCAAGAUUCAACAUUGAGACCCGAUUUCUCUGAAAUUAUUGACAUCCUGCAGAAGCUAGCUAAGGAGGUUGGCGAUGAUGGAGAGGAUCGGCGCAGGGACAAAUCGGGAGGAUUUCUGUCAGCCCUUAGGCGUGGUCAUCACUGACAAGAGGUUAAUGAAAUAGAUGAUAGCUAGCUAGGAUCAAUGAAUCACAAGGGCCAUUUCCCAUUUGUUUUUAUAUACACAUGUACAGUUUUCUUCAAUUACCUACCUGCUUGCGUUCAUAUUAUAUCUCUCGGCCAUUUCUUCUAAUUUUAUGACGGCAUUCUAUUCUAUUUAUAUGUGUAAGAAGAGGGUGUUGGUAUAAAUGAACACAAUGCGCCUAAAUGUUUUCAGCAAAAUGCUACUAAUGUGUAGUCUUUGCAGAAUUAUAUGAGCUUUUUAUUUGAUUGUUUUUACAGAAUUA